CCGAAGAGCUAAAUAAUGUCUGACCCCAGCGCCUGGCGCUGGCUGAGCUCUGGGUGCCCGCCGCUGCCGCCGCGCCAGGGCGCACCCGCUGGCUGGCUGUGGCACGGUCCCCGCAGCCCCGGGGACUCCCGGGCCUGGAGAAAAAGGCCGCCUAGGGCGACGCGCCACCUCCGCUUGGGGAAGCUUUGAUGAGACCGGUUUCCUCCCUCUGCCACGGCUGCUGUGGGGCGGACGGCAAAGAGCACGGGGCCCGGGGCAGGGCGUAGGGGCCAAGAGUGUGACAACGAUGUGACUCCGCUGCCGGGGAUCCGAGAGCUUUGUGUGGACCCCGAGUUCCACCAGGUGAGAAGAGUUAUGACCAUCCUUUUCCUUACUAUGGUUAUUUCAUACUUCGGUUGCAUGAAGGCUGCGCCCAUGAAAGAAGCAAACGUCCAUGGACAAGGCAGCUUGGCCUACCCAGGUGUGCGGACCCAUGGGACUCUGGAGAGCGUGAAUGGGCCCAGGGCAGGUUCGAGAGGUCUGACGACAUCCCUGGCUGACACUUUUGAACAUGUGAUCGAAGAGCUGCUGGAUGAGGACCAGAAGGUUCGGCCCAACGAAGAAAACCAUAAGGAUGCGGACUUGUAUACUUCCCGGGUGAUGCUCAGCAGUCAAGUGCCUUUGGAGCCUCCUCUGCUCUUUCUGCUAGAGGAAUACAAAAAUUACCUGGAUGCUGCAAACAUGUCUAUGAGGGUCCGGCGCCACUCCGACCCAGCCCGCCGUGGGGAGCUGAGCGUGUGUGACAGUAUUAGCGAGUGGGUCACAGCGGCAGAUAAAAAGACUGCAGUGGACAUGUCGGGUGGGACCGUCACGGUCCUGGAGAAAGUCCCGGUAUCAAAAGGCCAACUGAAGCAAUAUUUCUACGAGACCAAGUGUAAUCCCAUGGGUUACACAAAGGAAGGCUGCAGGGGCAUAGACAAGAGGCACUGGAACUCGCAAUGCCGAACUACCCAGUCGUAUGUUCGGGCGCUUACUAUGGAUAGCAAAAAGAGAAUUGGCUGGCGUUUCAUAAGGAUAGACACUUCCUGUGUAUGUACACUGACCAUUAAGAGGGGAAGAUAGUGGAUUUAUGUUGUAUAGAUUAUAUUGAGAUAAAAAUUAUCUAUUUGUAUAUAUACAUAACAGGGUAAAUUAUUCAGUUAAGAAAAAAAUAAUUUUAUGAACUGCAUGUAUAAAUGAAGUUUAUACAGUACAGUGGUUCUACAAUCUAUUUAUUGGACAUAUCCAUGACCAGAAAGGAAACAGUCAUUUGCGCACAACUUUAAAAGUCUGCAUUACAUUCCUCGAUAAUGUUGUGGUUUGUUGCCGUUGCCAAGAAUUGAAAACAAAAAGUUAAAAAAAAAAAAAUAAAUUGCAUGCUGCUUUAAUUGUGAAUUGAUAAUAAACUGUCCCUCUUUCAAAAACAGACAAAAAAAACAAAAACAAAAAAAACAAAAAUUUGAACCAAAACAUUCCGUUUACAUUUUAGACACUAAGUAUCUUCGUUAUUGUUAGUACUCUGUUUUACUGCUUUCGACUUCUGAUAGCGUUGGAAUUAAAACAAUGUCAAGGUGCUGUUGUCAUUGCUUUACUGGCUGAGGGAAUGGGGGAAGGGAGGGGUAUAUUUCUGUUUGUUUUGUGUUUUAUUUUGUUUGUUUGUUUGUUUUGUUCUUUUGGUUCUACCAGGAGUAGGGAUGGAGAAAAUCUCUUCAGUAUCCAUUCUGGUUGAUAAAACGUUACAUUUGUAUGUUGUAAAGAUGUUUGCAAAAUCCAGUCAGAUGACUGGAAGUGAAUAAAAAUUAAGGCAACUGAAUAAAAUGCUCACACUCCA